UGAGCCUGUAUUUGCAAGACUCGCAAAUGUCAAUACAAGUAUUUUGGAUAUUAAUCAACAAAACCAAUCAGGUCCCAGAAAUUUAGAAGAUGUGGAGAAGCAUGAGGAAGAAAAUGAAAAUCACCCUUGUUCACAUUUGUUUAGGUGUGGCUAUGUGGCACAGUCAUAACCAAUGGAAUCUGAGUAGAAGUAACGGAUGCCAUUUCCAAGGUUCCAAAUUGGUCCACCUCUAAGGCUCUACAGGAGUGGUUCUCAAGCUUCAGCUUAUUGGCCCCACUCCCAGGGUUUCUGAUUCAGUAGAUCUCAGUGGAGUCCAUUGUUUCCUCAGGCUUCUGUGAAUUCACGUUCACAGGGUUGUUGGCUGCAGAUUGCUAUUACCAUGUCUGAGUCAGUAAUUCUUCAAAGUGUAAAGAAAUUUGGAGAGGAGAAUUAUGGUUUUGAGUCAGACAAAUCAUAUAAUAAUGAUAAGAAAUCAAGGUUACAAGAUGAGAAGAAAGGUGAUGGCAUUCAAGUUGGUUUCUUUCAAUUGUUUCGGUUUUCUUCAUCAACUGACAUUUGGCUGAUGUUUGUGGGAAGUUUAUGUGCAUUUCUCCAUGGAAUAGCCCAGCCAGGCACGCUACUCAUUUUUGGCACAAUGACAGAUGUUUUUAUUGACUACGAUACUGAGUUACAAGAACUCCAGAUUCCAGGAAAAGCAUGUGUAAAUAACACCAUAGUAUGGACUAACAGCUCUCUCAACCAGAACGUCACAAAUGGAACCCGUUGUGGGUUGCUGAACAUUGAAAGUGAAAUGAUCAAAUUUGCCAGUUACUAUGCUGGAAUUGCUGUCGCAGUAUUUAUCACAGGAUAUAUUCAAAUAUGCUUUUGGGUUAUUGCUGCAGCUCAUCAGACACAGAAAAUGAGAAAAUUUUACUUUAGGAGAAUAAUGAGAAUGGAAAUAGGAUGGUUUGACUGCAAUUCAGUGGGAGAACUGAAUACAAGAUUCUCUGAUGAUAUUAGUAAAAUCAAUGAUGCCAUAGCUGACCAAAUGGCCCUUUUCAUUCAGCGCAUGACCUCAACCAUCUGUGGGUUCCUGUUGGGAUUUUUCAGGGGUUGGAAAUUGACCUUGGUCAUUAUUUCUGUCAGCCCUCUCAUUGGGAUUGGAGCAGCCACCAUUGGUCUGAGUGUGUCCAAGUUUACAGACUACGAGUUGAAGGCCUAUGCCAAAGCAGGGAUGGUGGCUGAUGAAGUCAUUUCAUCAAUGCGAACAGUGGCUGCCUUUGGUGGUGAGAAAAGAGAGGUUGAAAGGUAUGAGAAAAAUCUUGUGUUUGCCCAGCGUUGGGGAAUUAGAAAAGGGAUGGUGAUGGGAUUCUUUACUGGAUUUGUGUGGUGUCUGAUCUUUUUGUGUUAUGCACUGGCCUUCUGGUACGGCUCCACACUUGUCCUGGAUGAAGGAGAAUAUACACCAGGAACCCUUGUUCAGAUUUUCCUCAGUGUCAUAGUAGGCGCUUUAAAUCUUGGCAAUGCCUCUCCUUGUUUGGAAUCCUUUGCAGCUGGACGUGCAGCAGCCAGAAGCAUUUUUGAGACAAUAGACAGGAAACCCAUCAUUGACUGCAUGUCAGAAGAUGGUUACAAGUUGGAUCGAAUCAAGGGUGAAAUUGAAUUCCAUAAUGUGACCUUCCACUAUCCUUCCAGACCAGAGGUGAAGAUUCUAAAUAACCUCAACAUGGUCAUUAAACCAGGGGAAAUGACAGCUCUGGUAGGACCCAGUGGAGCUGGAAAAAGUACAGCACUGCAGCUCAUUCAGCGGUUCUAUGACCCCUGUGAAGGAAUGGUGACUGUGGAUGGCCAUGACAUUCGCUCUCUUAACAUUCAGUGGCUUAGAGAUCAGAUUGGGAUAGUGGAGCAAGAGCCAGUUCUGUUCUCUACCACCAUUGCAGAAAAUAUUCGCUAUGGCAGAGAAGAUGCUACAAUGGAAGACAUAAUCCAAGCUGCCAAGGAGGCCAAUGCCUACAACUUCAUCAUGGACCUGCCACAGCAAUUUGACACCCUUGUUGGAAAAGGAGGAGGCCAGAUGAGUGGCGGCCAGAAACAAAGGGUAGCCAUCGCCAGAGCCCUCAUCCGAAAUCCCAAGAUUCUGCUUUUGGACAUGGCCACCUCAGCUCUGGACAAUGAAAGUGAAGCUAUGGUGCAGGAAGCACUGAGUAAGAUUCAGCAUGGGCACACAAUCAUUUCGGUUGCUCAUCGCUUGUCCACAGUCAGAGUGGCAGAUACUAUUCUUGGUUUUGAACAUGGCACCGCAGUGGAAAGAGGCACCCAUGAAGAACUGUUGGAAAGGAAAGGUGUUUACUUCACUCUAGUGACUUUGCAAAGUCAAGGAAAUCAGCCCCUUAAUGAAGAGGACAUAAAGGGAAAAGACGCAACUGAAGAUGGCAUGCUUGUGAGGAGCUUUAGCAGAGGAAGCUACCAGGAUAGUUUAAGAGCUUCCAUCCGGCAACGCUCCAAGUCUCAGCUUUCUUACCUUGUGCAUGAACCUCCAUUAGCUGUUGUAGACAAUAAGUCGACUUAUGAAGAAGACAGAAAGGACAAGGACAUUCCUGUGCAGGAAGAAGUUGAACCUGCCCCAGUUAGGAGGAUUCUGAAAUUCAAUGCUCCAGAAUGGCCCUACAUGGUGGCAGGGUCUGUGGGUGCAGCUGUGAAUGGGACAGUCACACCCUUCUAUGCCUUUUUAUUCAGCCAGAUUCUUGGGACUUUUGCACUUCCUGAUAAAGAGGAACAAAGGUCACAGAUCAACGGUGUGUGCCUACUUUUUGUAGCAAUGGGCUGUGUAUCUCUUUUCACUCAGUUUCUACAGGGAUAUGCCUUUGCUAAAUCUGGGGAGCUCCUAACAAAAAGGCUACGUAAAUUUGGUUUCAGGGCAAUGUUGGGGCAAGACAUUGGCUGGUUUGAUGACCUGAGAAAUAGCCCUGGAGCACUGACAACAAGACUUGCUACAGAUUCUUCCCAAGUCCAAGGGGCCGCCGGCUCUCAGAUCGGGAUGAUGGUCAAUUCCUUCACUAACGUCACUGUGGCCAUGAUCAUUGCCUUCUCCUUUAGCUGGAAGCUGAGCCUGGUCAUCUUGUGCUUCUUCCCCUUCUUGGCUUUAUCAGGAGCUGCACAGACCAAGAUGUUGACAGGAUUUGCCUCUCGAGAUAAGCAGGCCCUGGAGAUGGUGGGACAGAUUACAAGUGAAGCCCUCAGUAACAUCCGCACUGUUGCUGGAAUUGGAAAGCAGAGGCGGUUCAUUGAAGCACUUGAGAGGGAGCUGGAGAAGCCGCUCAAGACAGCUAUUCAGAAAGCCAAUGUUUAUGGAUUCUGCUUUGCCUUUUCCCAGAGCAUUGUGUUUAUUGCAAAUUCUGCUUCCUACCGCUAUGGGGGUUACUUAAUCCCCAACGAGGGACUCCAUUUCAGCUACGUGUUCAGGGUGAUCUCUGCAGUUGUACUGAGUGCAACAGCUCUUGGGAGAGCCUCCUCUUACACCCCAAGUUAUGCCAAAGCUAAAAUAUCAGCGGCACGCUUUUUUCAACUCCUGGACCGACAACCGCCAAUCAGUGUAUACAAUAGUGCAGGUGAAAAAUGGGACAACUUCCAGGGGAAGAUUGACUUUGUUGACUGUAAAUUUACAUAUCCUUCUCGACCUGACAUGCAAGUUCUGAAUGGUCUCUCAGUGUCGAUUAGUCCAGGGCAGACACUGGCGUUUGUUGGGAGCAGUGGAUGUGGGAAAAGCACCAGCAUUCAGCUGUUGGAACGUUUCUAUGAUCCUGAUCAAGGGAAGGUGAUGAUAGAUGGGCAUGACAGUAAAAAAGUAAAUGUUCAGUUCCUCCGCUCGAACAUUGGAAUUGUUUCCCAGGAACCAGUCUUGUUUGCCUGUAGCAUAAUGGACAAUAUCAAGUAUGGAGACAACACCAAAGAAAUUCCCAUGGAAAGAGUCAUAGCAGCUGCAAAACAGGCUCAGCUGCAUGACUUUGUCAUGUCACUCCCAGAGAAAUAUGAAACUAAUGUUGGGUCCCAGGGGUCUCAACUCUCUAGAGGGGAGAAACAGCGCAUUGCUAUUGCUCGGGCCAUUGUACGAGAUCCUAAAAUCUUGCUACUCGACGAAGCCACUUCUGCCUUAGACACAGAAAGUGAAAAGACGGUGCAGGUUGCUCUAGACAAAGCCAGAGAGGGUCGGACCUGCAUUGUCAUUGCCCAUCGCUUGUCCACCAUCCAGAAUGCGGAUAUCAUUGCUGUCAUGGCACAGGGGGUGGUGAUUGAAAAAGGGACCCAUGAAGACCUGAUGGCCCAAAAAGGAGCCUACUACAAACUAGUCACCACAGGAUCCCCCAUCAGUUGACCCAAUUGAAGAACCUCAGACACACAUGAUGCACCAGUUACAGGGGUUGUUUUUAAAGGAAAAGCAAUCUCAGCAGGAGGGACUGCAGGGAUUGUUUCUUCUUUAAAGAAGAAUGUUAAUAUUUUGCUUUUACAGCCAUUGUCAUAUAUCAGAAUCCAAGCUAAUUUCUAAUGACCUUCAAUAAUAAUUCUGCUUUAGAUGUGUAUAAAGAAAAUGAAAGAAACUAGGGUCCAUGUGAGGGAAAACCCAACAUCAAGUGAUGGCUCAGCCACCACUCAAUGCUUCUCUGUGCAGAAUCCAUUCCUGCACAAAGAAUUAAUGAGACAUCUGGAAGUAAAUGAGACUUUGAACUCCUCAAGAGCAGAGAACUGUCUUGCAUUUUUGAACCCUUGGUGUACACAGAGGCUGAUCUAUAACAGGCACUCAACAAACAUUUCUUGAGCUAAACUAAGGUCAAAUUUGAAAGAACAAAAGGACUGAAGACCAGCUGUGUUUCUUAACUAAAGUUGUCUUGCGCGUGAAAGCAGCUUCCUUCAUCUCUAAGGCUGAGAAUUGGGAAAGGGUGGAUGCUGUCAGGCUGAGGGAGGCAGAAGGGGAAAGUAUUCAUACAGGCUUUCAAGUUAGGGCUGUUGAUUUAUGCUGUAGCUUCAGAGUGUGGGGGUGGCAAAGCUACCAUUACUGUGAGAACCUGCCAGGGUGGCUGGAGCAGGGGACACUCUCUGAGGCCUUGUACUCCUCAGCACCUCCCUCCGUACCGAUUGUUGUUUUCAGCUUCUGCAAAAUUCUAUUCAUGAAAUGAAAAUAGUGCGUUUUCCUUUGCUAUCGUUUCUAAGGUUUUAUACCAAAAAACGCAAGUAAAUAUGGCAGAAAAGCACUUGUUUGCCCCUGCUCCCUCAAAACACCACAGAAUGACCUCGAAAGAACUAAAGACAGCAGGAAUCUACAAGAAUGAAAAAAACACAGUGAUGCCACCUGCAAAAUCUCGGGAGCCAGAAAGCAAAUGGAUAAUAGAGUUACAAGAUGAGAGAAAGCAAAAAUGUAACCAGUUAGUGAGGGGAAGCCUAGGAACAUCCUGUUUUGUACCACAAACCCCUAUAAAGGCUCAAGAUGUAAAAACACUGGGUCCUUCUGGAAGGAGGAGGCAAGGGGACAAGAGGGACUGAAGACAGAAGAAUGGGCCGAGAGCCUGUAUGGAAACAGAAUUGCAGAGCCCCGCCUGCAGCAGGAUGGCUGCCCUCCCCAGGUCCAGCGGGAGACUGGUUACUCCCUCUCUGGGGAGACUCACAGGGAGGUUUGCACUUAGAGACACAAGGUGCAGUUGAAGGGACAGCUAACACACAAGAGACGGGGAAUUGAGUGUAAAGCUGUGUACGAACAGAAGAACUCCCAGCCCCUCUCCUCUGGCAGGAGAUCAAAGAAUUAUUUUCUGGGGAAACUGGCCAAUCUAAGAAAAGAGGUCAAAGACCCCAUCCUUGGAAUCCUAAGAAAAUUUUCCAGCCAUAUUACCCUCCUGUGAAGCCCACCUGCCAGUCAACAAACACCCACUUGAUCAGAGCUUCCCUAGGCUUUUCAGUGUCUCCCCAUUGCAUGGGAAUUGACUUCCCAGGGUAACCAGACACUGAGGAAGUAUUUUAGCACUUAAAGCAAAAGCAACAAUAGGACAGCUGGAGAAGGGAAAUUAGAACUAACAGAGCCAAGGCAGUGAUUAGAAAAGCACUCAAAAGGUGGUAAUAAAUAUAUUCAAUGAGUCAAGAGAAAAUAUUUCCUUCUAUUGAAAUAAAGACAGCAAUCAAUAAAAUGAAAUAAAUAUAAAAAAGAGCUCUUGCCACAGACAUGCAAAACUUGGUAGCAGGACUGCACGGUUCCCACCGCCGUAUCCUGCCAUCAUGUUUUCUCCCUAUUCCAGCUUCCUCCCAAGCUCACUCUACAUAGUUGGUUUUUCUUCCCUUAGCCAACAAAUGAAAUUCUGCCUAUAAAUUUGCUGAGACUGUAGGAUAUGGAGGUAUAUUAUUUAUGUUUCUUUUCCAGUGUUUCCUGGUAAAUAAUGGCAAAGAUGGUUUGGCAAGUUAACUGGUCAGGCCAGAAUUCUUGAUGGUUGCCAAGUCAGGAGGCAGACGAGAAGGAAUGCAUUCUGGUUAUGAAAAAUGGCAAUGACAAGUUAGUUGCAGACUAAAGAUGCCUUUUAGAAGAAAUUAGGGUUUGCAGUAAUUACAUGCUAAUCCUGUAAUUUUGAUGCAAGAAGAGUAAAGUCAUUGUUUUGGUUUGUAUUUCAAAGAGCAAGAGCAGGGGCUCUUGUGCUAGGAGGUGGCCAGUGUCCUGGAAAGGAUUUGUGAGGAAUGAAUACAAAUUAUAUUUUCUUUUUCCUUUCCUUUUUCUUUUUUCUUUUGAGACAGAGUCUCACACUGUCACUCAGGCUGGAGUGCAGUGGCUCAAUCUCGGCUCACUGCAAAAUCUGCCUCCCAGGUUCAAGCAAUUCUCCUGCCUCAGCCUCGAGUAGCUGGGAUUAGGUGCACACCACCACGCCCGCCUAAUUUUUUGUAUUUUUAGUAGAGACGGGAUUUCACCGUGUUAGCCAGGAUGGUCUCGAUCCUCUGAUCUCGUGUUCCACCCACCUCAACCUCCCAAAGUGUUGGGAUUACAGGCGUGAGCCACCAUGCCCGGCAUACAAAUUACAUUUUCAAAAGAAGAUACUUGAAAGUUAUUGAUGAGAGGGAAAAGAUUGACUAAAGAAGGCUUGAAAUUAGGGAAACAAUUGAGGCUCAGUGACAAGAGAGAAGAAUAUAACUUCAAAAAUGAGUAAAUAACAUUGCAUGUUUAUUUUACAACACCAGGGGGCGAUAAUGUCUAUGUUUUUAUUCUGCAUCCUUUAUCACUGACAAAGAUUUGGUCUCUGCAAUUUUACAUUAUUGUUUCUCAGAUGACCAAAGGUUUGACUUAAUUUGUUCUGCUUGAAGUUAUUGCAAGUCUUUCUGUAAUUUCCUAAUGUUUUCAUAAUGUGUUUGUGUUGUGAUCAAACUCUCCACAUAAUGCCAGUUAAUAAAAGUUAACAGGAAAAAAUAAAUAGAAGGAUUGGAAGAUACAGUUGGGGAAAUUUCUCUGAAAGCAAAACAAAAAGAUAGAAAUGAAAAGUAGGGAAAAAAGGGAAAGAAAAAAUUGAGGGUAACAAUUCAGGUGGUGCAAUAAUUAGUCAAUAGUCUAGUUCCAGAGGGUUCAGAGAAAACUCAGGGGCAGAAAUUAUGUUUAAAAAUAGUCUAAGAACAUUUCCUGUAAUUCAAGAAUAUGAAUUUCCAGGCUUAAAGAGUUCACCCAACACUGAAUAUAAUAAAUAAAAAUCCUAUUUGGGCACAUUAUGAAGUUUUAGAAAACUAGAGAAAAGGAGAAUAUUUUCCAGGAGAGAAGGGGGAAUGUGUUACAUAUAAUCAAUGAAGAAUCCUAAUGAUGUGACCAGGCAUGGUGGCUCAUGCCUGUAAUUCCAGCACUUUAGGGGGCUGAGGUGAGAGGAUUGCUUGUGCCCAGGAGUUUCAGAUCAGCCUGGGCAACCUGGCAAAGCCCCAUUUCUAACGAAAGAAAAGAAAAACAAAUAUUAGCCAGGCAUUGUGGCAUGCCCCUGUUGUCCCAACUUGGGAGGCUGAAGUGGGGUGAUUGCUUGAGUCCAGGUGGUUGAGGUUGCAGUGACCCAACAUUGCGCCACUGCCCUCCAGCCUGGGCAACAGAGCAAGACCUUAUCUCCAAAAAACAAAAUAUAAUGACGUAUGACCUUUUUGACAGUAAAACUAAAAUUCAUAGAUGUCUGCCUUCAAAAUUCUAAAGAGAAAUUAUUCGAUAUGCAGCAAAGCUAUUCUCAAGAAUGAGAGAAGUCUAGAGGCAUUCUCAGUCAUGCAGGUCUUAACACUUCUACUGCCCAUGUGUCCUUUCUCAGGAAGCCACAAAAGGGGGCUUUUUUUCUAAAAGAAGAGCACAGACAAAGAAAUAAGAAGAUAUGGGAUGUAAGAACAGAUGAUCUAACUCAAGAAUGAGGUGCCGGGAAUCUCCAGGAUGACUGGGAAGGAGAUCCCAGGAUUACAGGUGUGCUGUAGCCAUAGCAAAUAGCCAGACUGAAGCAGGGAAAUGGGCUCUGAGAGGAAUAUCCCCCAGAAAUGUUCCCCAGAAUGUCCCCUCCUCUGAGAGGAAUGUCCCACCAGUGCUGUUAGACUACCUGAUGGGUUUGAAUGCUGAGAGAAGACAAAACUCCCUGCUAGAGUUUGAGGAUAAAUUAGCAAUAGAAAACAGAGAAAGAGAGUAAGAGUGGGGAUUUUGAGCUAUUAGCUCUGGGGGGAAAGAAAAAUUACACAAAAAGGAAAUAUAUUUAUAUUACACUGUUAUGAUUCAUGUGAGAAUGUUAUUCACAAAGUCACAUCAAUGUAAAAGCUUAAUACUGAUCUAAACCAGAAUUAUAGACAGAUUAUGAAAGGAACAAGAAAAUAUGUGGGGUAGGUUGGGGAUGGAAUAGGACAUGGAUAAAAAAGAACUGGAUCUUCGUGGUCCUCAUAUUUCAUAACGGAAACUAAACAGUUAAACAUUUAAACAAACAGAAAUAAAAACAUCUUAUUGUAAAAGAAGAAGGUUAAAGCUGAAAGAAACUGCUGAAAGAUUUAUGCACAUGUGUAUCUUUCAUGGAAAAAAAUAAAGUUUAAAAUUAGAAAAGGGGGAAGAAAUGCAGUACAGAGUCUCAAAAAUUAAAACAAUAGAUACUGAAACUAUUAUAGAUUUGAAAGCUACAUCACCAGAACAGAAGGGAGUCCAGAAAUAGAUUCACCAGAGAUCCUAUUUCUCAGAAUUUAUUUUAAACUUCUAAUCACAAAAAGUGAACACAGUUUUCUCUUCCUGCAUGGUUCACAAUCAUUUGGAAAAAAUCUCAAAUCUAUAAAUAAGAGAAUGGAGUAAAGGUCAAAUGAGUUUUGGUACAUAUAUAUAAAAUGACAUUUAUCAUGAAGCCAAAAUAAUGAUGCUGACUUAGGUUUGUUGCUUUCUUGUGGAACAAUGCCCAUGAUAUGUUGUGCAGAAAAAGUGAGUUUCUGAUCAUCAAAGAUGGUAUGAUGCUAAUUAUCUAUGCACACACACUCAUCCAUACACAAUCUGUUAUGUGUGUAUCUAUGUUUGGCAUGUGCUUGUACACACUUGUAUGCAUAAAGAGAUAUCUGGAAGAAUUUCCACCAAAAUUUUGGUAGAAAUUUUUUUUUAUUUUAUUUCCAGCCAUUUGUCCUCUGUGUGACCAGAGCUUCCUGCAUAUACUAACACGUCUAUUGAUUGUCUCGGGGGGCAGAGACUGCCUAGUUCAUCUUAAUGUCCCCAGUGCUUUACUCAGUACUUGGCAUAAGUUAAUACCUCAAUAUAUCUUGUUGAAUAGUCUUUUCAAAUUCACACAGGUGGUUCAUAACUUAGCCACCACAUACAUAAGUAAUAGAAGUGGGAAACACCCAUUCUUUUCAUAGGUCACAGCAGUGCCUUUCAACAGAAAUAUAAUAUGGGCCACUAAUAUGAGCCACAUAGGUAAUUUUAAGUUUUCUAGUCACACAAAAAAGGAAAAAAGAAAUUUGUGCUAAUAGUAUAUUUUAUUCAACCCAGCAUAUCCAAAAUAUUGCCAUCACAACAUGUGAUCAAUAAAAAAAUCUGAGAUUUUUACAUUAUCAUACUUAAUAUUCAGAAUCUGAGGUGCCUUUAUAGUUACAGCACAUCUUAGCUCAAAUCAGCCUUAUGUCAAAUUCUGUUCUCAAGAGCUACUAGUGGCUACUAGAUUGGGCCACACAGGAUUAGAACAUCAGGUGCAUGGAUAUUCUAGUGUGAAUCUCAGUUGUCUCUAUAAUUCUAGUCUUAUAAAAACAUGAGUGUAGCCUCUCCCUUGGAAUGUGUCCUUACACUGUACUCAGAAACUCUGCAAAACUUCAGUUUUGCAGGGUGUCAGUUUGGAUGAGAAAAAGACUUGGUGAUCAAACAAGCCAUUUUGAUGUCGGAAGUCAUAGGGCUACACUGGUCUGUACCAGAAGUGGUUAAAAUUCUAUACAUCGUUCAUUUUAUUUGAUUCACCAGUGUGAGUUGACAAAAGUGAAAUAACUAAGAUUGUUUAGUGCAACAAAAUACAUCAUGACAUUAACAACUGUCAUAUUAGCUAAGCUUCCUGAGGAGCUCGUCCCAAAACAAGUUUUCUUCCAACUGAUCUACAAGAACCAUUUAUAAAUUUUUUUUCUGUGAACAAUUCUUAGGAAAAAUUGAAGCAACGCAUUUUCUGACUUUUUGUGAAAAGAGAUCCUCAGUUAAUUUUGGUCCAUUUCAAAAUCACAUGAAAGAGAUGCCCAUAUAUUAGAAAUCCUGCUGUUUGAGAAAGAAAAAAAGUAGAAAACUUGACCUCUAGUUUUUUUGUCCAAAACUUUCUUUUUUUUUUUUGAGAUGGAGUCUCUCUCUGUCCCCUAGGCUGGAGUGCAGUGGCACAAUCUCAGCUCACUGCAACCUCCACCUCCUAGGUUCAAGCAAUUCUCCUGCCUCAGCCUCCUGAGUAGUUGGGAUUACAGGUGUGCACCACCACGCCCAGUUAAUUUUUUGUAUUUUUAGUAGAGAUGGGGUUUCACCAUGUCGACCAGGUUAGUGUCAAACUUCUGACCUCAGACAAUCCACCUGCCUCAACCUCCCAAAGUGCUGGUUUUACAGGUGUGAGCCACCACACCCGGCCCAAAAACUUUUAUUUAGUUACUCUAGAGCUACUCUACAUAUGCUUUUAGGAAAUUAUUUCAAUGAAAAGAUAUUUUGAAUUUAGUGCUGUACUCAUGCCUGUAAUUUUUGGCAAUUAUACACUCAUUUUAAAAUGCACAUCCUGGAAUAUUUUGAUAUUAUGUCCUGAAAGUGAAAAAUACAUAGAAUCAUAAUUAGGUAUAGUUUGCCAUAUAUUUGCUCAAUAAUUAAAUAUAUGUUUCCUAUCCUAAGAAAAUAUCAGAACAUUUUUGUCAAGUUGGUUUAAGAUCCCACCUUAUAUUUCCAACUAAGGGUUUGAUUUAUUAAAUAUUUCUUAUGCAUGCAAAAUCUCUCUGUAAUCAGGGCUCAAAAGGAUGUUAGAGGAAAUACAAAAUUAAGAAUUUAGUUGUUUUCAAACACACUUUGAGAUUAAUUUACAUAUGCAUGUGUACCAUCAUAAAAUGAGCACUAUAUCAGCUUGGAUUUUCUCUAAAUUUCUGGAUCUAGUAAACAAUCUCACCUGCAUGGGAGACGGCGGGUGAAAGUAAUUUCAGUGAACCUCUAAACCCAAUUCCAAUUUCUUUCACACUGUGUUCCAUUAAAUGCCCAAUUAAUUUAAACAGCAGACUGUAAAUAAAGCAAUGCACAUGAUUAUCAUUUAAUUAGCACUGGCCAGCAUCAUAAUGUGCUCAUUAGAGAAUUGUAUGGUAUCCUAAGGCUCAUAAUGAGUAAUCAGGGUUCACGUGAUUGGCAUGUAGCUAUCCGAAUGCGACUACUCAACCCAAUAAAUCCAAGUUAGGACAAAAUCUGCUGUAUAAAAAGAAACAAUACAGAGCCAGCUGGUGAAUUGGCAAUAUCCUCCUUCCUAUAAUUGAGGUAUAGCUCCUGCUCUCAAAUACAAAAUAAAUGUGAGAAUAGAAGAGCUAGAGGUAACGGAAGAGCUGGAGGUAGAAACGGAAAUGUUCACUGAGAGUGACAGAGAACAAGUGCCUGUGAUUAUUAUAAAAGAUUAUCAAAAAAGAUAAAACCUUUGUGGUUUUUGACUGGUUUCUUUCUAAUACAUCAAGUAUCAAAUCAAAGUAAGAAAUGAGCACUGUUUCAAUAACAUUUCUUGGAAGGUGAAAAUUUAAUCGUUGAAAUAUACCUCAUGAUAAUGUUCAGAAAGCAUUUUGUCUUCACAGUUUUAGGAUGUUACUGCAAAAUAAUUUGGCAGGCUGCAGGGAGGGAUGCAGCUGUGUGCAUUCAUUGUUAUGUAUGUGAUAAGUCACUAUGGCAGGUGUUGUCUCUCUUGACACCCAAUCCCACACCUUUUCCCUUUGCUUUCCUCUCUUACAGAGGCUAGAAAGCAAAAUAUUUACCUUCCUAGACUCCCUUGCAGCUAGAUGAAGGCCAGGUGACAGUCUUGUCAAUGAAAUAUAGGCACAAGGCCCUGUGUAGGCUGUUCCGUUCUAAAGUCAGGGUAAAAGCAAAUCUGAGUUUCUUCCCCCUUUCUUCUUUCCUGAAUGCACAGCAGCCAUUCUGUGAUCACUUGGACAAAAGCCACACACCACAGAUGGCAGAGCAGGAAGAUAGACUCGGUCUGAUUCCUGAACAUCCUUUGUGCAGCUACUCUAGCCUGGGUUGCCUGCCUUCAUCCAUCUUGUUACAGGAGGAAAAAAACACCUCUCACUUGUUGAAGCCACUGAAGUAGUUUUUUGUAAUUAUGUUUGUUGUUGUUGUUGUUGUUGUUAAUUAAACAUUAACACAAUCUUACUUGAUAGAUCUUUAUUAAUAAAAAUCCUGAAACAUAAGUAUAAAGAAAAUAAUGCAAUAUUAAAGUAUUAACACAUGCUUAAAUGACCUUCACGUAUGAUCAUUAUAUCCAUUAUAUCUAGAGAUAUUCCAGAAAUAUUCAGUGAAAGAAGGAAUUAGUCUUUCUUAACUAAUAUCACUGCCAUGCAAAGAUGAUAUCACUGGAUGGGUGUCCCAGCAACUCAUUCUAGUGGCUUUUCUGGAACAUUGCCCAUGCCUGCUUUCAAUGAAGGAAGCUUUUACUUCAGUACUUAGUGUUUUGUGAAUAUGCUUUCUUAUCCUCUCACAUGUUAAAAUUGAUAUUGAACUGGGAACAAUCUAGAUCCCAUUGACAGGAUAUGCCAGCGAUGGGGGAAAAAUGUGUUCAACAAGAGGAUGAAUUUGAAAAAGGAUGGAUUAGAAGAAAUGGGGAGUAAAGUUACCAGUUAAUUUAUAGCUGGAAAUAGUCACAAACAAAUUCUUCAAGCCCGCAAGCCAGCGGUAUCCCUGGAGUCCACCCAGAGCUGUUGCAAGUGAGCCCAGAAUCAAUGGGGACCUCUCCAGGGAAGAGCCUAUACUGAACUCCCCCUUGCGUCCCUGGCAGCUAAAGGCAUUUAAUAUAUUCUAGUCUGGUGGGUGGGUUAAAGAGAAAAGACAAGCACGGAAAGAAAGGGCCCUAGCUAAGCCCGAGAAGAUUUUAGAACCGUUUUGGAACUGGAUCUCUAAUUUUGUUCAUCCUCAAAAAGCUUGGCAUCAUAUAACUUGGUGUCAGAGUUGCGUUGCACUCAGGAAGCAUAUUUUAGCAGCCAUAAAAAAUUAAAAAGUAAAGUUUCUGUCUUUGAGAGAUCCAUAAUUAUGCCGCAACAAACUUACUAAAAUGCUAUUUCAAAACU